UCCACGCCACGCCAUUGGCCGUGGAUGGUCGCCUCGUCUUCCUCUCUCUGGCCGCCACGGGAGGAACCCAUGUCAAACCAGGGCACCAGGGCAUGUACAAUUGUACGUGUACGUACGUACCCACGGAAUGUAAAAAAAGAGGUGCAAAAACUUACCAGAAGCAUGUAGCAGCAGCUGCUCAGGGGGAGAGAGAAAGUUUGUUUAAAGCACGCGAGAGAGAGAGAGAGAGAGAGAGAGAGGCGAAAAGGAGGAGCACCACUCGUGGGGUUAAAACUUAAAAACCCCGAGGAGUCGAGCUCGAGCAGAGCGCAUACGAGCAGCAGCACGAGGAGGAACAAGAAGAAGAAGCGGCAGGAGCAGCGAAGCGAGCAAGGUCCAGAAGCGAAAGAAAGCGAGCGGCAGGACGGUUGCAAGCGCAAGCAGGAGGCCGCGGCAAUAAGCAAGAGGCAGUAGCAGCGAGGGUGCGGGGUGCUCCGCUCUUCGUUGUCCCCACCGGCGGCGGCGGCGGCGGUCGGAUCUGCGGUUAAGCGGCGGCGGGUUCCCCGGAGCUCUGAACUGUCGUUCCGGAGCCCGCGGCGGCGAGAUCUGAGCUCAGUCGCGCGGGAGGAGGUUUCGCUGUGCCGGCGUGCCUCCUGGUGCUGCCGGAGCCGCAAAGGCGGCGCCUUUGAGCAUUGCCGUCCAUUCCCCGCAAGCUCUCAAGCUUCCUCGUGAUGUAAAUUUGAGCUCCCCGGUCGAAAAGGUUGCGCCAGGCGGCUGCGCGGAGCGAGGAGGUUUGGCCGGUUCGGCGGAGGAGGAAGCGGCGCCGCCAGGCUGCUCAAUCCGAAGCGGGGAGGCGCGUGGUUUGGCGUAGAGAGAAGGGACCUUGCUUCGGUUUUCUCGAACGCGUUUUGGAUCGGUCGGCGAGCGGUGGGGGAAGGAUGAAGCUCUCGCCGUCGGCCGGCGGCGGUCUUCAGGACCAGCCGGCGUCGCCUGAAGAAGCAGAAGAGAACAAGUGCCUUAAUUCUGAGUUGUGGCAUGCGUGUGCCGGCCCUCUUGUUUCGUUGCCUGCGGUUGGUAGUCGGGUGGUGUAUUUUCCUCAAGGCCACGGUGAGCAGGUAGCAGCAUCAACAAAUAAGGAAAUGGAGUCUCAGAUUCCCAACUAUCCUAGCCUGCCUCCGCAGCUUAUAUGCCAACUCCAUAAUGUGACCAUGCAUGCUGAUGCAGAGACAGAUGUGGUCUAUGCACAGAUGACACUGCAGCCACUCAGCCCCCAAGAGCUCAAGGACCCAUUUCUACCUGCCGAGUUAGGCAGUGCCAGCAAGCAACCAACAAACUAUUUUUGCAAGACAUUAACUGCAAGUGACACAAGUACACAUGGUGGAUUCUCAGUUCCCCGCCGAGCAGCAGAGAAGGUGUUUCCUCCACUGGAUUUCAAUCAGCAGCCACCAGCACAGGAGUUGAUUGCAAAAGAUCUUCAUGGCAACGAGUGGAAAUUUCGUCAUAUCUUUCGGGGUCAACCAAAGCGACAUCUUCUGACAACAGGUUGGAGUGUCUUUGUUAGUGCAAAGAGACUGGUUGCUGGAGACUCCGUCCUUUUUAUCUGGAAUGAUAACAACCAGCUGCUUCUGGGCAUUCGUCGAGCAAACAGGCCACAGACUGUCAUGCCAUCAUCGGUACUUUCUAGUGAUAGUAUGCACAUUGGUCUGCUCGCUGCAGCAGCUCAUGCUGCAUCAACAAAUAGCCGCUUUACUAUUUUCUAUAAUCCAAGAGCAAGCCCUUGUGAGUUUGUCAUACCGUUGUCUAAGUACAUGAAAGCUGUGUACCAUACCCGUAUAUCUGUGGGUAUGCGUUUUCGGAUGUUAUUUGAGACAGAGGAAUCUAGUGUCAGGCGAUACAUGGGGACAAUUACAGGAAUAAGUGAUCUUGAUCCUGUUCGCUGGCCGAACUCGCACUGGCGUUCUGUAAAGGUUGGAUGGGACGAAUCAACUGCUGGAGAGAAGCAGCCAAGGGUGUCUCUUUGGGAGAUUGAACCAUUGACAACUUUUCCGAUGUAUCCAUCUCCUUUUGCUCUUGGAUUAAAGCGUCCAUGGCCUACAGGCCUGCCUUCCUUAUAUGGUGGAAGGGAUGAUGGCUUGACCUCUUCUCUAAUGUGGCUUCGAGACGGUGCAAACCCAAGUUUCCAGUCACUGAAUUUUGGUGGGCUUGGUACGAGUCCUUGGAUGCAGCCGAGGAUGGAUAAUUCCCUACUUUGUCUGCAGUCUGACAUGUACCAGACCAUAGCAGCAGCAGCAGCUUUACAGGGCACCACAAAGCAAAUCCCACCUUCAGUAAUGCAGUUCCAACAACCUCAGAAUAUUGUAGGCAGAUCUGCUCUCCUAUCUAAUCAGAUUAUGCAGCAAGUACAGCCUCAGUUUCAGCAAAUUUACAGCCAAAAUAUCAAUGACAACACAGUUCAAGGUCAUACUCAGGCUGAGUACCUCCAGCAGCAGCUUCAACGCAGCCAAUCAUUUAAUGAGCAGAAGCCUCAGCUGCAUCCACAGCAGCAGCAUCAAGAAUCACAGCAGCAGCAGGAAUGUGUGCAAACACCACAAAAUCAACAACUGCAUUGUUUGCCAAAUGAGUUGUCAGCUUUUUCUCAGCUUUCUUCAGUCAAUCAAUCUCCAUCUUCCACAUUGCCGACAGUUCCAGCAUUCUCAAAUCAAAACUUUCCAGACACAAACGUCAGCUCUCUCACACCAUCCGGUGGCUCUUCCAUGCAAGGCAUGUUGGGACAGUUACCAUCAGAAGCAGCUUCGAACCUCCCAUGUGUGGCAAGAACCACUCCUUUACCGAUAUCUGACCCAUGGUCAUCUAAGCGAGUUGCAGUGGAGUCUGUUAACCCUUCUCGACCUCAUGCUGUUUCAACGCAGAUAGAACAAUUGGAUAUGACCCCAUGUAACUUGCCACAAAAUUCUGCAUUGGCACCAUUACCUGGACGAGGAUGCUUAAUGGAUCAAGAUGGGAGCUCUGAUCCUCAAAACCACCUGUUAUUUGGUGUUAACAUAGACUCGCAGUCACUUUUGAUGCAAGGCGGCAUUCCAGGCCAUCAGAAUGAUAAUGUUUCAAGCACGAUUCCAUAUUCAACCUCCAAUUUCCUGAGCCCUUCUCAGGAUGAUUUCCCCUUGAAUCAGCCACUACCUAGUGCAGGCUGCUUAGAUGAGUCGGGCUAUGUUCAAUGUGCAGAGAAUUCUGAGCAAGCAAAUCAACAGUUUUCAACCUUUGUGAAGGUUUACAAAUCUGGAACCGUUGGAAGGUUGCUCGAUAUCACUAGAUUCAGCAGCUAUGAUGAACUUCGUAGCGAGGUGGGGCGUCUAUUUGGCCUUGAGGGCCAGUUGGAAGACCCUUUAAGAUCAGGCUGGCAGCUUGUAUUUGUCGAUGGAGAGGGCGAUGUCCUUUUAGUUGGUGAUGACCCAUGGCAUGAAUUCGUGAACAGUGUGUCCUGCAUAAAGAUACUUUCUCCGGAGGAGGUUCAGCAGAUGGGCAAGCAGGGCAUUCAGCUCUUGAGCUCGGCUCCUGCCAGAAGGCUUAGCAAUGGCUGGGACAGCUAUGUUAGCAAGCAGGAAUCAAGAAGCCUGAGCACUGGAAUGGCACCGGUGGGUUCGGUCGAGUUCUGAAGAUAGAAUCCCAUAGCCAUGGCGCAACCGCUCUAGGAUGCCCUUUCUGUAUGUUUCCACAGCUCUUCCUAGUUAUGGCUUGGAACCAAGCACAUAGAUGUAAUGUAGCCUACGUUCUGCGCCACCUGAUGAUUAUAUGAUAUAGAUUUUAGCAGUACGUUUUUGUAUACAUGCCAGCACUUAGUUCCAUGUAAUACUAAUACCGCUAAUUUAGUCAUCUGCUUGUUCUGCA